AUGAGCCGGCAGGCACCGCUUCGCUGGCUAGCGAGCCAGAGUGCCACCAGAACCGUCCCCUCAACACUACGACGCACAAUAUUCACCGUUCCGCCUCGAGCAAGCCAGGCGGCUUCUUUGGCAGCAUGUCCAGAGCCUGAGCAGGGUCCCGUUGCCAGCGGCCACGACGAGUUCUGGCGGCAAAUCCCCAUGUGGCGGGAUGUGUCUGUCGAUCAGUUCACCUCCUACGCCUGGAGCAAGAAGAACAUCGUCGAGCACCACAAGCGGUCUCGAAGCGAGAAUCUUCAGGGCAUUCUGAGGGUGGUGCUGCCCGACUCGGUCCCCUGUGAUUCGAGUCCCAAUAAGUUGCAACGGCGGGAGGAGUUGAUUGAGGAUGUCUUUCAGGGUAUCGCUGCAAGCACCAUGAGUCUACGUCUAAUGCCAUAUAUCUUCAGUAGGAUCAAUUGGCAGGACCCUCGUCAUGAUCCGAUCUUCCGGCAAUUCUUUCCGGUGAAGAGCUUGAUGGUGCCAGAUCAUCCCAAACUAAAACUGGAUUCGCUGCACGAGAACGAAGAUUCUCCGGUAGAUGGCGUCGUCCAUCGCUACCCGGACAAAGCGUUGUUUCUUCCCGUCUCAGUCUGCCCGACUUAUUGUACAUUCUGCACACGCUCCUACGCCGUCGGGGCCGAAGUCUCGACCUUCACCAAACAGCAGAUGAAACCCAUCCUGAAGCGCUGGGAACACGCCUUUGCGUACAUAGAGAGCCAGCCCGGCCUGCACGACGUCGUCGUUUCGGGAGGAGACGCUUACUAUCUCGCGCCCGACCAGCUGGCCUACAUCGGCGAGCGGCUGAUCAAGAUGAAAAAUAUCCGCAAAUUCCGCUUCGCGUCCAAGGGCCUCGCCGUGUGCCCCAACCGUGUCCUCGAUCCCGAGGACCGCUGGGCAGACGCGCUAAUUUGGGUCCACCGCAAGGCUUUGGGGGCUGGCAAGAGGAUGGCGCUUCAUACUCACUUCAACUCGCCGAACGAGGUUAGUUGGAUCACUCAGGCUGCGUGUUCGAAGCUCGUGGAGGCGGGCGUCACGAUUCGUAACCAGACGGUCCUGUUGCGAGGGGUCAACGAUAGUGUUGAGACCAUGUCCGCGCUCAUUCGAACGCUGGCCGAUUCCUUGAGAGUAGCUCCGUAUUAUGUUUAUCAGUGUGACAUGGUCAAGAACACGGAGCAUCUCCGAACCCCCUUGCAGACGAUGCUGGACCUCGAGACUCAGAUCAGGGGUUCCAUUGCCGGGUUCGACAUGCCUCAGUUCAUCGUCGACCUUCCUGAAGGCGGAGGGAAGAGGCUGGCGCCGACGUUUUUGUCGUAUGACCGACAGACGGGAGUCUCGAGGUAUAUGGCUCCUGCUGUGAAGGGGAAGGAGAAGGAGGAUAAGGUCUAUGAGUAUUACGACCCGUGCAUCAUGGCAUGA